CCGGCCGCCGCUGCCGCCAGGGGCACGCAGGCGCAGCACCCCUGUUUGUCGGUCCCUGAUAAGGGAGGAGGUACGGUGGAAGUCAAGACCAAGGCCCAGCCGGAGCUGACCCGACUUGACUCGGACCUGGAACAAGGUGCCAGUCCCACGCGGACCUGAGCCCAGGAGUGGAUGGAGGUGCCCCCGCCCUAAGAGCAAAGCUAGCCCAGCCAGCCUGGCGCGGGGCCUACGGGGCAGGCAGGCAGGCGUGCCAAAGCCGCCCAGGGCCUUCCUAAAGGUCCGGGGCGAGGGGCCUAGGCUCCGGCCUGGCGACAAAGCACUUUGGGACCAGAGCCCGUCCCGACCGGAAGCAGAGCCUUCACCAGGACGAUAGGCCAAGGUGACUAGGCCGAGCCCGGGCCUCCCAUCGGGGCCGGACUGGAACGAGGCCCCGGGGAGGCCCCUAGCCCACCCUCCUCACCUUCCCCUCAGGCCAACACCUACCAGGAAAAUGCAACGCGCCUUACCUGGGGCCCGCCAACACUUGGGGGCCAUCCUGGCCAGUGCCAGCGUGGUGGUGAAGGCGCUGUGCGCAGCGGUACUUUUCAUUUACCUGCUUUCCUUCGCAGUAGACACGGACUGCCUGGCGGUCACCCCAGGCUACUUGUUUCCUCCCAACUUCUGGAUUUGGACCCUGGCCACCCAUGGGCUCAUGGAGCAGCACGUGUGGGACGUGGCCAUCAGCCUGGCCACAGUGGUGGUGGCUGGGCGUUUGCUGGAACCCCUCUGGGGAGCCUUGGAGCUGCUCAUCUUCUUCUCGGUGGUGAAUGUGUCUGUGGGGCUACUGGGGGCCUUCGCCUACCUCCUCACCUAUAUGGCUUCCUUCAACUUGGUCUACCUGUUCACAAUCCGUAUCCACGGCGCUCUGGGCUUCCUAGGUGGUGUCUUGGUGGCACUCAAGCAAACUAUGGGGGACUGUGUGGUCCUGCGAGUGCCCCAGGUGCGCAUCAGUGUCGUACCCAUGCUGCUACUGGCACUGCUGCUACUGCUGCGGCUGACCACACUGCUCCAAAGCCCAGCGCUGGCUUCCUAUGGUUUUGGGCUUCUCUCCAGUUGGGUAUAUCUUCGCUUCUACCAGCGCCAUAGCCGAGGUCGAGGGGACAUGGCUGACCACUUUGCUUUUGCCACAUUCUUCCCUGAAAUCCUGCAGCCUGUGGUGGGGCUUCUGGCAAACUUGGUGCAUGGUCUCCUGGUGAAAGUAAAGAUAUGCCAGAAGACAGUGAAACGUUAUGAUGUGGGGGCUCCAUCCUCCAUCACCAUCAGCCUCCCAGGCACAGACCCUCAAGAUGCCGAGCGGAGAAGGCAACUGGCUCUGAAGGCCCUCAAUGAAAGGCUGAAGCGAGUGGAGGACCAGUCCACCUGGCCCAGCAUGGAUGAUGAUGAAGACGAUUCUGGGGCCAAGGUGGACAGCCCCCUGCCCUCAGAAAAUGCUCCCACAUCCCCAGGAAAGGGGGCUGCUCCCGAAUCUAGCCUCAUCACCUUUGAGGCAGCUCCCCCAAAGCUGUAACUCCAGACCAUCUUGAGUGUAGACCCUCCUCUCCCAAGCCCUCAUUGAUGCCUCUCAGCUACUCCAGGGUACUGACUGCUUUGAGAGGGAAGAAGGCCUGCUGGAGCCUUCCAUGGCCACCUGCUGUUUCUCGCCAACACUACCCAGGACUCUUGCUAUCUGGUUCUGACUCCAGAUAACCACUAUGCCAGACAUGGGACCUCUAAGGAAUUGGCCAGUCCAGAAUUUCAUCUGAGGUGAGACUAUACCUCAGCCCCAAGCAAGUAACAGGAACGCUGGUGCCACAGCUCCUGGGCUGGCCUUCACAUCUGAAACUGGUUGCCAAGAGUCAAGGCAAGGAUUUACGUUUGCCAAAAAUGUUUGGGGGCCCAGCCAGUGCAGGAGUCAGCACAGGGCUGCACAUCCCUGCCCACCCCCCAGGAAGACUGUGUUAAUGUCAGGAGUUCUUAUUUCCCUCUGCUGUGGCCAUGACUGCUUCUGGGCCAGAAUAGCCACAGCUCCCAGGUAUUUUCUACAGGACCACUUGAGUGGGCAACCAAGCCCAGCCUCACAGUAUCAAUAAAGCAGUUCUUUGAGGUA